AUGUCUUCCCUCACAACAGGAGUCAGCUUCCGGCCACGGUCACUGUCUGGGGUCAGGGAUGUCGUUGAAUCUUAUCGACGCGUGCAGGAGUAUCUGUCAGACUCCGUAUCUCAUCCUGCGAAUGAUACCUGUGACGACGGAGAGGAAGAAUACCUGGAGCAGGAAGCGCUCCCAAGUGACGAAGAGGAUAUUCCCGAUGAUGACCCCUCCGACGAGGCGCUGCCGUACGACGACGUGCAUAGUAAUCUCCAUUGGGAUGAGGACUUGAUUUCAGGUCCCUCUCAAGACAUCAAUAAAUCGAGUCCACGUUCAUUCGUGCUCCCCGUAUCUCGCCGCCGACCAUCAUACAACCCGUUGCCUCCAUUCCAAACACCCACCAUUUCAAUCCAGAAAGCUGAGGAGCGUACACCUUUACUGGGAAAGCGACUGUCGGUGUCGUAUGCUGAAACCCCCAUUCGAAGCACUCACGAGUCUUCUCUGACUGCUACGCAUACCGUUUCAACUGCUACGGCCCGCCGAAUGUCUCAGUUGAGCGCGAGAAAGAUAGGCCAUGACCAUCACCAGACCCAUGGAAAGGCGAAGAUGCCGUCUGGGCACAGUACGUUCGGUCAGACACUAUUUAAUGCCAUAGCCAUUCUACUUGGGAUUGGUAUGCUUUCCGAGCCGCUUGCCUUUGCACUUGCUGGAUGGGUUGGUGGCACACUCAUCGUCGCAUUUUAUGGUCUGGUUACUUGCUACACCGCAAAGAUUCUGGCCAACAUGAUUCUCGAAGACCCUCGUCUCAAGACCUACUCUGAUAUUGGCCGAAAGGCAUUUGGUCCUCAUGCAGGGCCUUGGAUCAUCAGUGUUGCUUUGGUUACCCUAUAUGCAGAUUCGCUGCACGCCAUCGUGCCCACGUAUUCAUCGAACACGUAUAAAGUAAUUGGACUGCUAAUAAUGAUACCUACGACUUUCAUGCCGCUUUCCGUGUUAUCCUAUACAUCAAUACUUGGAAUUUCCUCCACGUUGUUGAUCAUAAUAGUUGUCCUGAUAGAUGGUUUUGCCAAAACUAAUAGCCCUGGAAGUUUUUGGAGCCCUGCGGAGACUAGUAUUGGUGCCAAGGGUGUCGGUGAGCUGGGUCUUGCGUUUGGACUAUUCAUGGCUGGGCUUGCUGGACACGCGGUCAUCCCGUCUCUUGUCAGAGACAUGAGUGAUCCAUCGCAAUUUGACUCCAUGAUCACCCAGGCGUUCACUGUUGCCACCGUCGUUUAUUCAGUCAUUGGAGUCUCAGGGUAUAUAAUGUUCGGCAAUGCUGUUAGUGAUGAGUUCAGCAAAGAUCUGGCACAGUAUAGUGUGUAUCCUGUCUUGAAUCGGAUUGCCCUAUGGGGUCUUGUCUUAAGUCCACUAUCCAAAUUUGCUCUCUCUUCUAGACCGCUUAACGUAGCCCUGGAGAUGAUGCUUGGAAUUGAGGGCAGUUCAGCUCCCGUUGAAGAGCAUGGGCCCAAAACUCAAUCUCAUGACGUCGAGUCUAAUCACACCGUCCCGAAGAGCCGCCGUAUACUGAGAAGUAUGUUUGUCUUCAUCGAACGCACCCUCCUUACCCUGUGCUCGGUUGCUGUUUCCAUCUUCGUUCCUGAAUUCAGCUCGAUGAUGGCAUUUCUCGGUGCAUUCUCUUCCUUUCUACUGAGCGUGAUUGGACCGGUCUCGGCAAAGAUCGCUCUUUCUAAACGUUGCAGUGCAUGGGAUGCUUUUCUUCUAGUGGCAGGGGUUAUUAUGGCGACGUGGGGGACGGCAGCAGCAUUCUGGUCGAUGCGGGGGUCAUAA